AGGGAAGUGAGGGCUGUGGUGGGUAAGUACCGGCAUGCGUGGGUACUCGGCCACAUUUUGGAGGAUGAGGCGGCUUCAAGGACAGCUGAGAUCUUUGCCAGGUUGUUUAUGAGUGGCGGGAGUGAAGGGAAUUCGAUUCGCAGUGAGUUCAUGCCGGUUGGUGCUGAUGGCAGGUUCAGUUUGCUCAAUGCAGAGCCACAAGAUUGGAUAUAUGAUUGGAGUUUUCAUGAAAUUGACAAGACUCUGUUGCAUCCUGUGAUCCAAGCUUUGCAACCUAUAGCAAACAUAACGGUUGAAAGCCAGGUUUUAUACUACACGCCAAAGUCUUCUUUUUCGUACUGGGAUGAUAUACACGGAAGCCACAUAUUCAGUACCAAGGAUCUUCCUUUCUUUCUUAAUUCAAAUGAGUGGCAUCUAGAUACUUCAGUUGCAGCGGGAGGGAGAUCUAAAGUAUUGCAACUUGUGGUGUAUAUACCAUCUGCAAAGGAAUGUCCUCUGCAAUUGGAGCUUCCAAAUGGAGAUCUCUCCAAGACUAAUGGCUUUAUAUCUCCUAUGUGGGGUGGUGUUGUUGUAUGGAAUCCCGAAAGUUGUGUAAAGGAUUUGGAGAGUAAAGAUCCAGACAGACGUGUGAUUUCUCCCCAGGUUUUCCUUUUAGUUUGUUAACACUCAUUAAUCAAAAUCUUCAAUUAUAUACAUCGAAAGUAACCCAAUUUUUGGAAAAUUUUAUUCUGUUUAUUUUCAACCCAGUGUAAUAAGUUCUCAUUAACAAAUAAUUGAUAUAUCUGAGCCAUUACAAUUCAGCA